GGAGAGGCUGCCGUGGAGGGUCUCGGCUGCCGCCGCCUCCGCCGCCGCCGCCAUGGAGAGGGCUCCCCGCGGGAAGAACCAGCCGCCCCGCAGGCAGGCCGCGGAGGCGCUCGGCUCGGAGGGAAGCAGCAGCAACGGCGGCGGCGGCAGCAGCAGCAAGAAAGCCAAGUUCCCCUUGCACCUCAAGAUUUUGACAGAUGAUGUGUUUGAUAAAUUUUCCAGCAUACGGAUUCCAGGCAGCAAAAAGGACAGGCCAGCUCUCCCGCAUCUGAAACAAUCCCAUUGCUCAUCGAGUGAAUGCACCACCCCUGCAGAGAUGGAUGACUUCAGGCCUACGCAUUUGUCAGAUCGAGAGAUCCUGGCACUGUUUGAAAAAAUGAUGGAAGAUAUGAAUUUAAACGAGGAUCGAAAAGCUCCGCUAAGAGAAAAAGACUUCUGUAUCAAAAAGGAAAUGGUGCUGCAGUAUACUAGUGCUGCUUCGAGACAGGGAAGCCUCAAGAAUAGAAAGCAGAUUUUGCCUCAGGAAUUCAUUUAUGAAUUAAAGUCUGGAACAGUGGAUGAAAAACUUGUCAGCUGCCUAGAAUCUCUUCGGGUAUCACUAACUAGUAACCCUGUCAGUUGGGUUGAGAACUUUGGACGUGAAGGACUCGGCUUAUUAUUGGACCUCUUGGAAAGACUGGUUGAAACCAAACAACAGGACAAGUUUCUAAAGAAGAUACAGCACAAGAUAAUUCAGUGCUUAAAAGCUUUUAUGAAUAACAAGUACGGUUUGGAGAGAAUAAUGAGCGAAGAAAGAAGUUUUUCUUUACUGGCCAAAACCAUUGAUCCCAAACACAUCAACAUGAUGACUGAUGCAGUUAAACUUCUGUCUGCGAUAUGCAUCAUUGGAGAGGAAAACAUCCUGGAAAAAAUAUUGAAAGCCUUGACCACAGAAGCCGAAGAGAGAGGUAUUGACCGAUUUGGCCCCAUUCUGAUGGGUCUAGAGGAAAAUUCAGUCCACCUGCAAAUAGCCUGUAUGCAGUUCAUCAAUGCCUUGGUUACAACUCCUGAUGAUUUGGACUUCAGACUCCACAUUCGGAAUGAAUUUAUGCGUUGUGGAUUAAAAGAGCGACUGCCGCUGCUGAGAUGCAUAAAGAAUGAAGCUUUGGAUAUCCAGCUGAAAGUAUUCAGUGAACACAAAGAGGAAGAUAUGAUUGAAUUUUAUCACCGUUUAGAUGACAUCAGAUCAGAAUUCGAUGAUGCAAAUGAUGUUUUUAAUUUAGUGUGGAAUACCGUUAAGGAUACAAGCGCAGAAAACUACUUCCUUUCUAUACUGCAACACCUCUUGCUGAUACGAAACGAUAAUUUUAUACGGCCUUUGUAUUUCAAGUUAAUCGAAGAGUGCGUUUCACAGGUAGUCUUACAUCGAAGUGGUCUGGACCCAGAUUUUAGUUAUCGAAAAAGGCUGGAUAUAAAUUUCAGUCACAUACUGGAUAUCUGUAUUGAACAGAAGAAAAUGGAAGAACUUGAAGGAAAAGCUUCAGAAUUCUUGAAAAAGUUUGAAAAAGAGUUUGUAGCUCACCAAGAGACAAAGGCACGGCUUCAGAAGACGGAAGAAAAGAUCAGCCUCCUUGAAGGCGCAAGAAAACCUUGUCAAAAUGAGAAUGGCUCAACCGACGCUUCUCCGCUGACAUCUCUUGAAGGCCCCACAGAUGUAGUCCCAUCACCAGGAUCUUCCACUGGAACGAUUCCACCACCACCUCCUCCGCCCCCACUCCCACCUGCCUUUGCUAGUGGGUCGCAAAACCAUCUUCCUGUUGGUAUCCCGCCACCCCCACCUCCGCUACAUGGUUUACCUGGGGGUCAACGCUCCCCUGCCUCUCAAUCGCUGCCUUUCGGAUUGAAACCUAAAAAAGAAUUUAAGCCUGAAGUGACCAUGAAAAGAGUCAACUGGUCCAAGAUUAGACCCCAGGAAAUGACUGAAAACUGUUUCUGGGUAAUGGCCAACGAUGGGAAAUAUGAAAGUACCGAUUUGCUGUGCAAGCUGGAACUUACCUUUUGUUGCCAGAAAAAUGUGAAAAGAGACGAAGGCUUUGACGAGAGGAAACCUGUUAAAAAACGAAUCAAAGAAUUGAAAAUCCUGGAUCCAAAGAUUGCGCAAAACCUUUCUAUUUUCUUAGGGUCUUUUCGAGUACCUUAUGAAGAAAUAAAAAUAAUGAUUCUGGAAAUAGACGAAGCCCAGCUGUCAGAAUCCAUGAUCCAGAAUUUAAUAAAGCAUCUUCCCGACCAAAAACAACUCAGUGAAUUAUCCAAGUUGAAGAAUGAAUAUAAGAAUUUGUCCGAACCGGAGCAGUUUGCUAUUGUGAUGAGCAGCGUAACGAGACUCAGACCCCGGUUGGGCGCCAUUCUUUUCAAGCUUCAGUUUGAGGAGCAAGUGAAUAACCUCAAGCCCGAAAUCAUGGCUGUCAGCACCGCCUGUGAAGAGAUAAAGAAGAGCCGAAACUUCAGUCAGCUUCUGGAACUUGUCCUGUUAAUGGGAAACUACAUGAACGCUGGAUCGCGAAAUGCGCAGACCUUUGGAUACAACCUCUGCUCCUUAUGUAAAUUAAAGGAUACCAAAUCAGCUGAUCAGACGAUAACGCUGCUUCACUUCCUGGCUGAAGUCUGUGAAGAAAAAUACCCGAAUGUUUUGCGCUUUCUUGAAGACUUGCAGCACUUAGACAAAGCAAGCAGAGUUUCAGCAGAGAGCUUGGAAAAGAGCCUGAAACAGAUGGAAGGGCAGAUCAAACAACUCGGGAAGGAUUUGGAGACCUUUCCUCAAUCCACAGACCCUCAUGACAAAUUUGUGACAAAGAUGUCCAGCUUUCUCGUCCAAGCAAAAGAGCAGUUCAAGCAACUUUCUACCAUACACAAAAGCAUGGAAAAUCUGUACCGGGAUGUCAUGGAAUAUUAUGCCAUUGAUUUAAAGAAAAUCUCGGUAGAAGAAUUCCUCACCGACUUGAGCAACUUCAAAACGAUGUUCACGCAAGCAGCAAAGGAUAAUAUGAGAAGGAAAGAAAUGGAAGAAAAGCAGAGGCGUGCUAGAAUAGCUCAAGAGAAAGCAGAAAAAGAAAAACUAGAAAAACAACAGAAGAAAAAGCACCUGCUGGACAUUAAAACAGAGAAGGACGAGACAGGAGUGAUGGAUAGUUUGCUGGAGGCGCUGCAGUCAGGGGCGGCUUUCCGCGAUCGAAGAAAACGAGCACCCAGGUUUAAAGAUGAACCCCAGAACUUCAGCUCUACUUCUGCAGCACCUGUUUUGAAACCUUGUAACCACGAAAACCAGAAAGCACCAACAGGAGAGAAGUUGCAUCCCCACCACAAUAUGAACGGAACUUCGGUAAGGAACCUCGCAAACAAGGACAUUCAUCGUGAAAACGAAGCUAAAUCAUCGGUCGAAAAGAGAAACUCUGUUGGAAAAAAGAAAGUCCCUUGUGGAGGAUCCAACAGAAAGGAAGAAGUAGAACUUGGCGGUUCUAAAGGAGAAGUGAUUCCUGAAGUGGAAGCUUUGCUCGCGCGAUUACGAGCACUCUGAACGUUUUAACCAGUUGCAUAAAAUUUUGGACUCAUUUAGACGUUCAGGAAAAUACUUGGUUACAUUAUUCAUAAGAUUGCAGCAGUUCAGAACGAUGCUUCACAUCAUAAAUACCUGCAAGUAGCUAUUAGCAUAUUGCUAACAUUUCAGGGAGAAAUAUUCCUUAUUUAAAACUCCCAGUCUCCACUGCUUUUCUGACAUGACACACCACUUGGUAAAAUAUAUAUUUAAAAAUCUUUUUAAUUGCUAUCACAAAUAAUGUUUUACAUAUUUUAAAGUGUAUAUAUAUAUAUAUAUAUAUAUAUAUAUAUAUAUAUAUAUAUAUAUACAUUUUGCAUGCUGCUGCAUAUUUGUCAUUGCAUUUUGAAGUGCACAUUCAUAAAUACUUUGGGUCCGAAUUAAAAUUGUAUUACUAUAAUAUAUGGGCUUAAUAUUUUGCAACUGGUUGGGAGGCAAUUAAAACAAUGAAAACGGACUUUUUUCUAUUGCUCACCUUUAACAACUGACAUGCCUUUUCACAUAAACUAUGGGUUGAAUGUUAAAAAAAUGCAAAUCAAGCUAUAUAUGUUUACAGUUUUGUUACUAGCUCUCUGGAAUGUGCAAUACAAUAUAUAUCUUAUUAUAAAGUUUUAUAAAUGUUUUGGAGUGUUUGGUGGGUGGCUGCAUGGACUAUAGAUUAUAUGCAUAUAUAAAAUGUAUUGUUAUUUCCAUAAUAAAUCUGACAUUUAUAUUUAACCUAUAGCUGCUAUUCAAAUUGAAGCUCACAGCACAAAUCUAAGAACCAAAGCAAUUUUGUUGGUUAUUUUCACAUAGCCAAACCUUAAAUUUUACCAUUUUUGGAUUCAGGAAAACACAUAUACUUUUUGCUCUGUGAAAAGUUUUGUUGGAUUUAUCCACAAACUUUUACAUUAUGAAUUAUUAUUAUCAUUAUUAUUAUUAUUAUUAUUAUUAUUGGAAUAAUUUGUGGUGAUUAGAAUGCAGUAUUCCAGGCUGACCCUGCCCCAUCCUGACCAGAGGUGGUAUUCAGCAAGUUUUGACCAGUUCUGGAGAACUGGUAGCGGAAAUUUUGAGUAGUUCAAAAUUACCGGAGAACCGGUAAAUACCACCUCUGACUGGCCCCGCCCCCAUCUAUUCUCUGCCUCCCGAGUCCCGAGCUGAUCAGGAGGAAAUGGGGAUUUUGCAGUAACCUUCCCCUGGAAUGGAGAGGGUAUGGAGAUUUUACAGUAUCCUUCCCCUGCCACACCCACAGAACCGGUAGUAAAAAAAAAAAUUAAUCCCACCACUGAUCCUGACUAACUCAAGGUUGACUCAGCCUUCCAUCCUUUCAAGAUCGGUAAAAUGAGGAUUGAGAUUGUUGGGGUCAAUAGGCUGACUCUAUAAACUGCUUAGAGAGGACUGUGAAGCGGUAUAUAAGUCUAAGCACUAAUGCUUAUACUUUAAUUCAUUUGUUCAUUGCUCAACUAUCUAUAAAUAUGGCUAAUCAUAUUGUAAAAGUGUGCACUGUGCUGCAAGUUAUUUGGUGACACUACUGUUUGGCGAAGGAAAGAGUAAUCUUCAAAAUAUUGUACUGAAGGCACUAUUAAAGCUUUAUACUUUGCCCUAUUUGUUUCUAAACAAAUAAAAUAAUGCUGAACACA